AAAAAAAAAAGGGGGCAAGGCGCCAAAUUUCACCGAGUGGUUCUUUUUAUAUAUUCUGUGAAGAAAAGCGUGAGAAGAGAAAAUUGUUACCUUAGCCGGAGAAACCACUAUGCGCAAAGGUGAGACAAACGACUGUAGAAUCCUUCCAUCAGAGAUCAUCGCCGACGUACUCUCUCGACUGCCGGUGAAGCCACUGUGCCGAUUCAAGUGCGUCUCUCCCUCAUGGAAUUCCCUAAUCUCUUCCCCCCAUUUUUCCAAAACCCACCUCAAUCGAACCCAGACCAAUAACCCUAAACACUUACUUCACAGCAUCCUUCUCGUUCUUCGCAGCAGCUUGCAGGAUCUCUACUCCGUCUAUCUCACCGCUGCUGACUUGGUUCCGGUCACCGACAAGCUUGAUUUUCCUUUGCUCCGAGAACCCGAGUACAAGUGGAUCACGGUAUUGAACUCUUGCAACGGUUUGGUUCUGGUUUCCGACGGAGGUAAUUCCCACUUAUUCCUUUUGAAUCCAGCCACAAGAGAAUGUAAGAAACUGCCCACACCCCCUCUUAUCCCCGAUCCCGUUCGUGGGUAUUACAACUACGCAUAUGGUGUGGGUUACGAUUCGUCUAAGGAUGAUUACAAGGUUGUGAAGCUCUCGUAUAUUGAAUCUGAGUCUGAGUCCGAGUCUGAGUUUGAAUAUUCUACUCUGACGAGUAAUAUAAUAUUUGUGUGUGUCUAUUCGCUGGAAACUAAUGCUUGGAGGAGAAUUCAAGAUACCCAUUAUGUCCUUGACGGAACUUCGUCUGGCACUAACUGUAAGGGGCGUCUCCAUUGGCUUUGCUGGAGGGCUGGGUCCCAUCUGAUGGCUGCUUUCGAUUGGGCGGAUGAGAUUUUUAGGGAAGUGCCAUUGCCUGCUUCGUUUGUGCACUGUGACCAGCUUGUGUACCUUGACGUGGUCAUUAUUAAGGAUUGUCUCUGUUUGGCUUAUAAACAGGGUAGUGACCCAGUUGAGGUUUGGAUGAUGAAGGAGUAUGGGGUUAAAGCGUCGUGGACAAAAAUUUUGAUUGAUACACAUGAUAUGUGUCUACAAGGUUUGUUAGCGGAAGAUGAAUUUUUGCUGAUGGGAAAUGUCAUACAAACAUACGAAGAUAAAUUAAUUGUGUACAAUCCCAAAAAAGAAACGCUGAGGGACAUUGUGGUUCAUGGCAUUCCUGCUGCAUUUUUAACUUGGGGGACAUAUGUUGAGAGCCUUGUUUCUCCUAAUCAAUGUAGUCAUGGAGGAGGGAUUGGGAAGCAAGGAUAUAGCUAGAUAUGCUCAUUGGCACUGUAUCUCCUGGCCCUUUUGAUUUCACAGAAGCUUUUUUUGUAUCUUUGUAGCUUCAGUUUCAUUUGCUUGGUUAUGAGCUUAAUUUAUUGCAGUAUGGUUGUUAAUUUGUUAUUUAUUCCAUGACUGUUUUGCUCGUUUCUGUGGUAGUUUUCUUUGUUUAGGACAUACCUAAACUGAUAUUAUAUCCUAAUGUAUUGGGUUAUAAUACCCGGUAAUGGUAGUAACUUAGAAGAGUGAUCAAGCAGUUAGAUAAUUUUCUUUUUUGAUGUGUUUUUUGACACCAUAGACAAUAUAAAAGGAUAAUUUCUCAUCUUUUUUAAGUCUUCAACAAGUGAUCAAAUUUUUCUUUAUUCUUCUUUUCCCAUCCUUUCUCUCAAUUCAAGGAGAGAUUAUCCAGUGUUCAUGCAGCAAUGUUCAAUCUUUUUGCCCGCCACACAUUAAUAUGAGACUUGGGUAAUUCAUGAUUGAACUCAUCAAUCAAUGUGUGGCAAAAGAUGUGGGUUCCAUUUCAGGGGCGCGGAGACGAUUGAAGUUUACAUCAAGUCAUCAGCAUCCUGGCUAUGCAUACAAGGGUUGAAAUUCCAAUUUUACUAGCUCAUAUAGAGGGUGCAUGUGAAGGACCUUUGAAGUCGGCUCAAGCGGGCGGAGUGGAUCAUAGAAGAAACUACAAUGAAGUUCAUGAAAUUUGUGGACAGAGCUUUCCUCUUGUAUUGAGAAGGGAGGAUUCCCAUACACAGGUUAAGGCUCCAGAUAACCUCCUGUGCAACCUGGUUUAAUUCUCUUCAUGGGAAGUGGAUCAAAAUGGCUGUUCAAAACCAUUCCAAAGAACUAGAACUCCACAUUAAACCUUGUAGCUGUCCAAGGAGGACUGGUGGUUCGGAUGGUUAUUUCGUUAUUGUUGCUUUUGAUUCGUCAAAUGAGAUUUUCAGGGAAGUACAACUGUCUACUUUGUUUAGUUAUUCUGAGAUUUUGUAUCAUUGAUGAUAGUUCUUGGGGGUUAUCUCUGUGUGGUUGUCUUGCCUUCUAGUUUCCGAAAUGAAGUUUGGAUGAUGAAGGACUACGGGGUAAGAGAAUCCUGGACCAAAUUUACGACUAAUCCUAAGAUGGUUUUAAAGGAUUUGUUGUGUUUGUUGGCAAAGGACAAAUUUUGGUUGAAAACCACAGGAAAUGUAGAUGAAGUGUGCCAAGAUAAAUUGGUUGUGUACAAUUCAAAAAAGUAAACACUGAGGGACAUGGUGGUUCGUGGCAUUUCUCCUAAAUGUCAACAUGGGGGAACCUAUGUUGGGAGCCUUGUCUCUCCUAAUCAUGGAGGAGGGAUUGGGAGGCAAUGAGUGAGAAGCUUCUUCAGGAGGACUGGUGUUUCGGAUGGUUCUUAAGCUAUUGUUGCUUUUGAUUUGUCAGAUGAGAUUUUCAAAGAAGUGCAGCUGCCUACUUCGUUAAGUGAUUACAAGAUUUUAUAUCAUCACAUGGCGGUUCUUGGGGGUUGUCUAUUGUGUGAUUGUUUGCCCGCUUAGUUACUGAAAUGAAGUUUGGAUGAUAAAAGAGUAUGGGGUAAGUGAAUCAUGGACCAAAUCUACAAUAAAUCCUAGGAUGGUUUUAGUGAAUUUGUUGAAAAUCAGAGGAGAAGUACUAGCGGUAGUGUACCAAGAUAAAUUAAUUGGUAGUGUACAACCCAAAAAAGAAAACACUAAGGGACCUGGUGGUACCUGGCAUUCUGCCUAAAUAUCAACAUGGGGUCACCUAUGUCAAGAGCCUUGUCUCUCCUAAUCAUGGAGGAGGGAUUGGGAGGUAAUGAAUGAGAAGCUUCUUUAGGUAGUUUUUGCUGAAUGCAAGUGAAAUAAAUCUAUGCCUUCUUUUGUUGAUAAAUAUGAGUAAAUUCAUUUGGUGAGCUUC